ACGGUUCAAAACCACAAGAUCUAAGGAUAAAAUCAUUCUCCAGUGUGCUUCUCAUCCCACCCAAUCCACCCCCAUCCCGCGCAAUUUGAAUUUCAUGCUCAAAAAUCGAGCAAUUUAGGCAGACAAAGAGACAGUGAAAGAAAGAGAGAGAGAGAGGGUUGAUGAAGAGAAAAACCCUAAAGAGGAGCGGCAACGGGAAGAGGAGGAGCAGAGAAAUGGAGGGCACGCUAGCGAGGCGCUUGCAGGUUCAGCUGGGGCAGAUCUCAGUGGCUCCCUUUCACCACCACCAAACAUCUUCUUCCACCUCAUCGUCUCUAUCCAAUGCUCCCUCUCUCUUCCAGAAACUUCUGGAACAAGAAGCCGCCGCGGAGGCGAAUCUGCCGUCCGACGCAGACGCCGACGAGAAAGAUUUCAUUCUCAGCCAAGAUUUCUUCUGCACUCCGGAUUAUAUCACCCCGGAUAAUCAAAAUUUACUGAACGGUUUCGAUUGCAACAAGGAAAACAUCCCUUGCCCGAAGUCGCCGGAUAAGCUGAAUACUGUCAGAAGUAAGAGGCGUCGGCCAGAUAGUAUCUUGGUAAAUCCUCUCAGUCCUAGCUUUUCUGGCCAUCAACAAGUGGUGGAACUUGCAAAUGAUACAUUUGGUACAGAUACAGAUGAAGUGAAGUUAGAGAAAGCAGCUGUACCUGGAACACAGAAGAUUCAUAAUUAUGUAUCACAAUCUGCAGUUGCCUUGCGUUGUCGGGUUAUGCCCCCUCCUUGCAUUAAGAAUCCAUAUUUGAUGGGUAAUUCAGAAAUGGACUUAGAUCCUUUUGGCAAUCAAAGAUCAAAAUGUGCAGGUUUCUUCCCUGCACUUAUUGGUGGAGAUGGCCUUUCACGCUAUCACACUGAUUUCCAUGAGAUUAAGCAAAUUGGUAUGGGGAACUUUAGUUGCGUAUUCAAAGUCUUGAAGAGAAUUGAUGGUUGCUUGUAUGCUGUGAAACACAGCACAAGGCAGUUACAUCAAGAUGCAGAAAGGAGGAAAGCUUUAAUGGAAGUUCAAGCUUUGGCAGCUUUAGGGUCUCAUGAAAACAUUGUUGGAUACUAUUCUUCUUGGUUUGAAAAUGAGCAACUCUACAUUCAGAUGGAGCUCUGUGAUCAAAGCUUAUCUAUCAGUAGAUCUUCUCAAUUAUUCACAGAGGGAGAAGUGUUGCAAGUCUUGCAUCAGAUUGCAAAAGCAUUGCAGUUUAUACAUGAGAGAGGAAUUGCUCACCUAGAUGUAAAACCUGAUAAUAUUUACAUAAAGAAUGGUGUUUAUAAGCUUGGUGAUUUUGGAUGUGCAACUCUCAUUGAUAAGAGCCUGCCAAUUGAAGAGGGUGAUGCACGCUAUAUGCCUCAAGAAAUAUUGAAUGAGAAAUAUGAUCAUCUUGACAAAGUUGAUAUCUUCUCCUUGGGAGCUGCUAUUUAUGAGCUUAUUAGAGGGUCACCUUUGCCAGAAUCAGGCACUCGGGUUUUGAAUCUUAAAGAGGGAAAAUUACCACUCCUUCCGGGUCAUUCAUUGCAACUUCAAAACUUACUCAAGGUGAUGGUAGACCCAGAUCCAGUCCGCCGGCCUUCCGCUAAAGAAUUGGUAGAAAAUCCAAUUUUUGACAGGUACCUCAGAAAUGCAGCAUAGUAGUUGCAACCAUGAUAUUUUGAUGAGGACUGGAAUGUUGUAUAUGCAGCCACUAAUAAUCAGCUGUCCCAGCAAGGAGGGCAUGGGGUAAGUUAUGAAUGGCCGAUUGUAAGCAUAUUUUUUGUUAACACACGCAGUCUUUAUGCACCAAAUUUUCACCCCAGGGUGCAGAUUUUGUAAAGUAUAUGGAGAGAGGCAAUCUUGAGUGAUGAUGUAUCAUGGAUUGAAGGUAUGCAAUGCUAAUGAAAUACUUUCACUGUUACAGUAUAUUUUCUUGGU